AUGGCAGAAGCAGUAUUGUCGAUUGCUCUAGAAACCGUGCGUGAUUUGUUGUUGGAAGAGGCAAAGUUUUUAUACGGCGUGGGCGAUGAAGUGAAGGAGCUCGAGUGGCAGCUGAAAGAGAUGAAGUGUCUCAUCAAAGAUGCCGAUAGAAGACGGCAUGAAAGCGAAACCAUUUUGAAUUGGAUCUCAGAUAUCAAAGAUCUUGUGCACAGAGCCGAAGCUGCCAUUGAAAGACAUGCAGCUUAUCAAGUGUGUUCAAGGAGAAGACGAGGCCGAGGCCUCACACAGCUCAUCCGCAGAUAUUCUUGUAUUUUGGAAGAUUGCUACUCGCUCCACCAACUAGGCUCGGAGAUUUCACCGAUCAAAUCCCGUCUUGAAAGGAUAAACAAGGAAAUGUUAAAAAGUGGGAUAAAGAAGAGCAUCAUCAACAAUACAGAUGAAGGGGAGAGCUCGUCCGCCAACAACAGAGCAAGGAAGAGUUUCCCUGAAUUCGAGAUCGGAGACUGUUUCGUGGGGAUGAAGGAUGAGCUGAAGCAGCUUGGUAAUCUCCUAAGGCAAGACAACGAGGAUAGAGUUAUAUCAGUGUGGGGAAUGGGGGGAUCAGGCAAGACCACCAUUGCUAAAAAGCUCUACAACGAGACCAAGACCAGCUUUGAUCUUUGCGCAUGGGUUUGCAUUAGUCAGCAAUGUCAGAGUUUUCGAUCAGUUUGGGAGGAUGUUCUGAAGCAGCUAGACCCACAAAUAAGGGAGGACCUGAACGAGUCUCAGUUGAAUGAGCGACUGCGCAAGAUACAAACAGAGAAGCGGUGCCUCAUUGUUGUCGAUGAUCUUUGGGAAACUUCUCAUUGGAAUGGGUUGAAGCAUCCCUUCCUUGUUCAUGAUUUGCAAAGCAAAAUCUUGAUCACCACGCGCGAACAGGAAGUUGCAGAGAUUGGAUGCCCAGUAAAACUUGGGCUUCUAAAAGAGGAAGAUGCUUUGGAACUACUCAAGAUGAAAACCUUUCCACAUGCCAACAUUCCUGCAGAGUUUGCAUUGGAAUUUCUUUUUGAGAAAAUUGGGAAAGAAAUGGUGCAGAAAUGUGGGUAUUUGCCGUUGGCAAUUUCUUUGCUCGGUGGAGUCUUGAGAAUGAAAAAUUCGAUGAAGGAUUGGGAGUUAGUAAAUGAGGAUAUCAAAGAAGCCAUAUAUCGAGAUGAAAGUGAGAUUGAUGGAGUGCUAAAUUUAAGCUAUGAAAGUCUACCCUAUUAUUUGAAGCCUUGCUUUCUCUAUAUGGGUAUAUUUGAAGAGGACAAAGAAAUAAAUGUUGAGAAUCUAUACAGGAUGUGGAUAGCACAAGACACGAUUUCAUAUGAGAAAAUUCGAGGCAAGGACAAAACUUUGAGGGAAAUAGCGGAGCUCUACUUGGGUGAGUUGGCUUCCAGGUCCAUCGUCCAAGUUGAAAUUAAUGUUGGUGGUUUCAGAUAUAGAGGAAAAUAUAGGAGCUGCAAACUUCAUGAUGUAGUAAGAGAACUAUGUUUGAAAUUGGGGAAAAGGGAGGAUUUUGGUGUACUGAGUUUGGAGUAUCAAAGUGGGAAACUUAGUACCUUACUGCGGCAAGCUUCCUCUCAUAUGAAAAUACGACAUUUGGCUAUCCACUUCAGAACAAGAGCAGUCGAAGUGGAACCUGACGAGCUUGGAGAAGAUACUAGCAAACAUUUAAGGUCUCUUCAAAUGUUCAAUCGCGGUAAUUUUGGUAAGUUUCCCCCGCCAAGCAUCGUUGAUUUUCAUAAAUUCAAAUUGCUCAAGGAUCUAGUUAUGGUGGGAUUCGCAUUUGCAGGAAGAAAGUUACCGAAAGGAAUCACUAAUCUUGUUCACCUUAAAUGUUUACGUUUAGAAAGUUGUGAAUUUGAUAAGCUACCGACGUCCAUAAGAAAUUUGGUAUACAUGGAUACCCUUGAUUUAAGUCUUUCGAAGAAUGUUGAAGUUCCAAAUGUUUUUAAGGAGUUGGUACGUUUAAAGCACUUGCUUCUUCCCUAUUAUGGGAAGGAAAAUAUUGGAAGUUAUAGAUUAACAUUGGACGAGGGAGUGGUUGAGUUGGAGAGUCUGGUGGGGUUGGAUAGUCGAGUGCAUGAAUUAAAAUGUCUGAACAAAAUGAAGAAUCUACGAAGAUUCUCAACAAGUAUACACGACAACAAAUGCUUGUCAGCCAUAAUCGACGCCAUUGCUAACAUGGACAAGUUAGUGUAUUGUUCAGUUGAAAUCACGGGGGAUUGUGAGUUAGAAACAAAUGAGGGAGUGUUGAACAAGGCAUUCACAUGUCCGAAUCUUCAUGACUUGUCAAUUAGAGUUAAGAUAGGGAAGGCGCUGAAUGCGAGAUUGAGGAUGAUCCAAUGGGGAUACUGGGGAAGCUUCCUUGCUUGA